UUGGGGUCUAAGUAUAAUAUUCUUUGCUAACAUGCUGUUUUAUAUCAAAUAAAUCAUAUUUUGAAAAUAUACAUGCAUACUUAAAUAUAUUGUUCAUUUCUAAAUCAGGUCAGAUCUAAGGUCUGUAUCUUAUUCAAGGUCGAAUUCCAAUUCCUUAAUGCAAAAGAAUCAGAAUCGAACAUAAUAACCAAUAAAGUAUUUGUAAUAUAAGCAAAGUACUAAACAAGUUCAAUGUAAUUGUUCCUUGUAAGAAUAUACCAACAGUUACGGGCUAGAAGGACCACACCAACAAGCACGUGUCAAUAGCAGUUGAUAAGAUGCUGCUUCUGUAUUGUUUUUAUAUCUAUUCCAGUUGGUAUUGAGUUUAAAGGUUGUAGUGAAUGAUAAACUUUGAAAAGAAACGUACACAAAACCAAAGGAUAUCUUUCUUUGUUCAGCAAUCUUGAUAUAGAAAUCACAUAAAAUAAGACAUGAUGGCUUGAUGUGUUAAAACUCAUGUUUCGAUAUACAUUUGGACGAAUGCGCGUAUAGCUAUUGUUUCAUAAAUAAUAAAGCUGUUGGAUAAUUCAGGUAAACACUAUUCAAACAAAUGAUUGAAAAUACUUACAAAAACUAAUAAUACAGCACCUGAGCUAUGCUUCCGAACAAUAUCUCUCGUCGUGUGUCAUCGUAAACUGAAUGGUCAAUCUUUGGAUUGAUUCUUCGGAGGUAACGAUUCAAUGUAAAUUUCGGUGCGCGAAGUUACAAAUGUUAUUUGUUUUUUGUUAUUUCGUUUUUCACAAAGGACUCAUUUGGUUUCUUAAGGAAGAAAACGGACGGCCUGUUAGUUUUAUUUGAAUAAGAUAUGAUACAAGAUAUAAAUGAAGAAUACAGUCUAUUAUGUAAAAUAUAUGUAUCGCUAUUGAUAAACUUUCACCAGCUAUGCACUAAUUGUACUUACGAUUAAUUAAUGAACUUCUACCAUUACGCUGCUAACAUAUAAUUGAAAGUGUAUUGAAAUAGAAUCGAGCCUAAUUAUGGCAGAAACUCUUACAGUAAAACGAGAAAUGGAAAAGAAAACAAAUCGUCCUGAAAUACAUAUUUCGAUCGUUACAUUAACUAUUUAUAUAAUAUAGUUCGUUUUACAAAGCCAAACUUCUAAUUAAGAUAUAUUUAUGGUCAAAUUCAAAUUUGAUAUUUUCACUGCUUUUAUUUCACCGAUAAGAAUAGAUAAAAGAAUUAAAUUAUCAUCUAAGACACCAAUACGAAUACUGCAUCACAUACACAUUUUGUAAAGCUUGUCCUUUUUCGCCACAGGCCGCUCUCUGAACAAUUCUGCCUUAAAGGGACUGUACACCAGAUUGGCACCAAAACAAGUUUUUUUCUGUUACGAAUCUCAUGACAAUUAUUUAAUAAAAUGUUUCAUAAUUGUAAAAAAAAUACUAAAAUGUAAAGUUAAAUCGAGUCGGAGACCAGGUUCGAACCGGGGACGCCAAAAUUGCAGUCCAGUGUUGUAUACACUGUGCUACGAAGGCUUACAAUUGUCGGUUGGAAUAUUUCAGCCAUAUACCUAAUUUGGUAACGUGAUAACAUCGACUAGCCAAUCACGCAUAAGGGCUGAAUUCUACUAGGUAGACACACCUAGUAAUCUUUUUAAUGGAAAAAAAUACCAAAAUAACUGCGAAAAAUAAAUCAAUUGUACACUAUGUGGUACUUCAGUAAGUAAGUUUCAAUGCAUUAUUCACAUCGAUACCAAGAUAUGUCAGUUUUCGACAAUUUUCUUUUUUUUUUUCGCUAUUUCAUCAUAUGGAGUACAGCCCCUUUAACAUGUAGAGUGCACGGUGUUGACCAAACAUGAUUUUCCAGCUACUACAGGCCCGACAAGCAACACACUGUAUUCCUUGAAUACGAGUUCAGAAGUUGUCUUUUAGUCAUGUCUAUACUAUUGACUUAUCUAUAAGUGGACGUUUAUUACAACGUUUUUGUUGUCGACGUUUCUCAUUACCAUAACAGACGUUUCUUACGGCUACUAGUAUUUGAUUAAUAUUAACAAUUAGCUUCUAAAGUACACUUUAAAACUGCGGGAAAAGUGCGCCUGAUGUGGCGCUCGAACACAUUACCGCCGGAACACUCGCACUCUAACCAAUUGAGCUUAACAGUUGUCUGGUUCUUACCCACAUACGCUACACUCCUACAUAACAAUAUGUAUACUUACAUCUGCCUCUGCCUGAAGAUAUUUGUUUGUAAUAAAAUAUCAUAUAAACUUGGCCUUCUUUAAAAGUGUCGCAAACUCGAAACAUUUAUCAACAAAAAUACUUAAGCAUUAAACAAGAACAACUAUUUACUUCCGGGUCCAUGUACUUUUAAUGUCGCUUUCAGAAAAUCGUGAGAUACUAGAAUAAGGGAAUAGUAGGGUCAGUGUUGAGGAUAUUUACUCGAUAUACAUAUACAAUGUCAGUAUACUUGUAGUUUUAUUUCUCAUAACAUGUGUGUUUGUAUGUAAUAAUGUAUAUUUGCUAUCUUAUUUCAUCAAAGGUGCAAUAAAAAGCAGUAUAAUCAGUAAAACUCACAUUACUUACAAUUAGUCUGUACCUUUAUAGGUACGAUAACUUGCUAUUGGGCUUCGACAAUGAAAUAAAAAGUCAUAUAAAUCGAUGGAAAUACUAAAAUCCAAUACAUGGUUGAAUGUUCAUGUUGUAUUUUAUGCAUUUAAAACGUAGUUGUUAUGCGAUUAUUUACGAGACUGGCGGUGAGAUCUCAAUUUUAAUACUUUUUUAUUUCCUUUUCAUAAAUUCACGAUUUCAUCUUCACGAUUUUACGAUUUCAACCAUAGGAUUUCACGAUUCCAUCUUCACGAAUUCACAAUUUAAACUUCACGAUUGCACGAGUUCAAGUUCAUGAUUUCACUAUUUUACCAUCACGAAUUCAACUCCACGAAUUCAGAAAUUAUAAAAUAAAGAAAUCGUGUAAUCACGAAUCUGUGAAUUAGUGAAUUCGUGAAAAAAAAAUGGAGUUGAAAUCGUGAAAUCGUGAAUAUGCAUGAAGAGGAAAUCGUGAAUUCGUGAAGUUGAAAUCGUGAAUUUGUGAAGUCGUAGACGAGAAAUUGUGAAUUCGUGGCGUUGAAAACGUGAAAUGGUGAAGUUGAAAUCGUGAACUUGUGAAGAGAUAAUUAUGAAAUAUUGAAUUUAAAAUGUCACCACCGAUCUUUCGUAAUUAUGGUUACUGUUUAUUGCCAGAUAUUUAUCUAUUAAAUGUUAUAAUUUUGAAAAGUAUACAUCACAGCACAUGAUAAUUGUUCCUAAAACAGGUAAAAUUCCAAUUCCUUUUCUAUUCCCGAGUACAUUACCCCCUACUAAAGUCCAAAGCGGGCAAGUUGAUAUAAUCAGACAUGGAUCAACUGGAGCAGUGGAUAGGGUCCGGUCCGAAGACGUUCACGUUGCUCUAUAACAUCACCCACGAUGGCUGUAACGCGACGACGUUCCACCAGAAAUGUGACAACCAGGGUACUUUGCACUGAAUGGGAACGCUAAGUUUGGACACAGUUACGACAUGCAAGGUGUUACGGCUAACGACAUUCAUAACGGAAACCUCAACGUAACGGAGCUAGAGCUGUACCAAGUAGCAGAUGGGCAAAGAAACCGAUCACCUGCACAACCAUGGAGAAAACCUCCGGAGUGGAACCAAAAGUUUAUGUCCGAACUUCAAGGGGAUAUUCAGGCGUUGAGCCCACCAGAAAAUACCAAGAUUUCGGAUUUCCGGAUCCUGCUGCUUGGUCCCGUAGGUUCUGGGAAGUCAAGCUUCUGUAAUACUGUGACCUCCUUGUUCCUGGGCAGGAUCACACAGAGGUCCAUUGUGGGAGACAGCAUCCAUAGCGUCACAACCUCGUACAAGCCGUUCACUGUGAGGACGAAGAAGGGUGGGUGUCUGCACUUCCGGUUGUGUGACAGCCCGGGCCUGGAAGGUAGUCAGGGACUUGAGGCCGUGGAGACCAACUUUCUGUUAGAUGGUCACGUGCCGGAAAUGUACGAGUUCAAUCCGUCAUCACCAUUACAAGUUAGUGAUCCUGACUUCAUACAAAGUCCAAAGACAGAGGACAAAGUUCAUUGCCUCGUCUUUGUCCUGGAUGGCACGACAUUGGACUCCACAUGGGGUAUGACUACGGAAAUGCUUAUCAAACUAAAAACGCCGAGGAAACUUGGAAAUCAGAAAGAGAUUCCGCAGGUAAUACUUCUAACGAAGUUAGACCUGGUGGAUGAGAAUGUAUGCAAUGACGUAUCUAAGGCGUUCGUCAGCACGAAGAUAGAAGAGAUGGUAAAGAAAGCGUCCAAGCUACUCGGACUUCCAGAGAAUCACGUGCUUCCGGUAAAGAACUACAACCGCGAGAUGAUGCUCAAUGAUGACGUCAACAUCCUUGCACUUCUCCGACAGAUUGCAUACUUUGCUGAAGAUUACCUAGAAAACGUUCAGUUGACACGGAGCAGAACGGUCUCAGCCAGACGCCGGAUGUCGUCAAAUUCAAAGUCAGAAAACUUAACUCAAUCAUGCGACUUAGAUUCUGCAUCAGAGACAAUCUAAACCAAUUUAAGAAAGCGGUAACUACGGUUAUUUUUUUUUUAGUCUUAUGUGCCUUUAAUGGGACACUUGAAGAACAGUGUAUCACUAUUAGUGUCAGAUUUGAUUUAGUUUAAUCCUAAAUGAUUGUAAUCUUGUGUUUAAAUUAAGAUAGAAAAUUAAUAUACAUCACUUAAAAUAAAUCACACAAACAGAACAAUUGGAUUGAGCUUCAAACAGUAAUAUCAUUAGUUUCAGCCCUUUUUAGUUAGAUAAAUGUAAUGUACCGGCUUCAAUUUCUAAUAUGUAUGUGAGAUAAAGACAUUCCUUGCAUAGCCGGUAGAGGCAUACAACUUACUCUUAUUCUUUGAAUGAAAGCAAUUGUCAGAUAUAUCAUGUUCUUGAAGACGAAUUUCAUGUCUUGUUAGAUUGUCAUUAUAAAGUUGUUAAAAUAAGCAGUAUAUCCGUAAAUAUUUUUGGAAUAAUGUUCUAAAGUUUUUAGAACGUCUUGCAAGUACCAACAAAAGUGUUUGUAAAAGUAGCGAUGCAUACACAUUUAUAUUUGUAUUUAUAUAUAUUGUCAUAACAAUAUACAUUGCAAUUAUUUAUCUUGUUA